AUGAUCUCGAUAAUAGAUCUCAUGAUCAUCCUCGCGCUGCUAUGGUCCCUCUACGCCAUCAGCUGCUUCUUCCCAUCGACUCGGCAAGUCUGCAUCCUCCUCGCGAUCGCCAUCAUCGCGCUCUACGGCCUCUGGAUUUACAUCCGCGCCGAGGUCGUCGCGCGUGUCAUGCGGCUUCACCGGCGAGUACAGCUCGAGGUCGAGAUGGCGUGUGGAGGUGUUGCACCACGCGUGCGCGCCACAGUCGACAGGUUCGAGGCACUGGUUCGAGGCGUUUACGAGAUUCCAAGAUGGCAGAAGGGAUUGGCGGUUGCUGUCGUCGUUGUUACAGCUUAUGUGCUAGGCUUACGCCACGCAUGGAAGAAUGACGACGAGAGGACUGUGGAAGUCCUCAUUGCCGUGCCGAACUGGAUUCUCGUUGUGCUUCUUGGUUGGUUUACACUAUUCCAGGAGCAUGGCGCGGACGACGCGAAGCCGCAGCGCGAGGCUCCCACUACUACACCAGUCCCCGAAACCGUCGAGUCCCCGGCCGACAAACGACAACGAGAACAUGAGGCGAAGAAUGCGAAGAUGCUGAAGGCCUGGCGCGAGCAGCAGGAGCGCGACGAGUGGAUCGAGGCGCAGCGAGAUGGACUUGGGAGGUUGCCGUUGUGGCUGGAGGCUGAGAGAUCGCCGCGCGCGUCCGAGUAUGGCGUGCAUCGUCCCAAGCCGAUUGUCUUCCCAGAGGACCGGCCGCCUGCUCCGAAGCCUACGCCUACGGUGUAUGUGCCUCCCAAGCCGAUAGAGACGCCGCCUGUGGUCGAGGCAAAGGUGUGUGAUGAACAUGCGCAUCAGCACGCUCGGCGAGACCUUCAGCGCACCCUCGGGAUUGAUGAGACGCCUCUUAGUUGUGCGGAGAAUUGUCCUUGGGAGAAGAAGAAGGAGCUUGAGUACCCGAAUGUUGCUCCCGUGGCUGGUGGCAAGCGUCCAUUACCUCCUAAUUUUGGAGAUGACGGGAAGGAGGAACGUCCACCCAAGAGUCCGAGGACAGUUGGGCCUUCGCCUUCGUCCUUCGGAGUUCCUCCUGGAUGGAAGCCUGGGAGUGGCGAUGGCACGAAUGGCACUGGAGGGGACCACAAGUCUUCAGGCGGCAAGCAAGGGAAGCCUGAUGGUGGAGUGCCUGGAAGUGAUGAUUCGAAGACUGGAGGCAUUUCCCAGCCCGGCGACGGUAAGACUGGAGGUGAAGGUCCCAAGCCAUCUCAGUCGAUUGGCGGUACUUCUGAGCAAGACCAGCCUAUGCCAGACGAUGAUACGACUGGAGACGAGGGCGCCAGGCCAUCUCAGUCCACUGGCGAUGCUCCUCAGCAAGACGAGCCUAUGCCAGACGAUGGUACAACUGGAGACGAAGGCCCAAAGCCAUCUCAGUCGACUGGCGGUACUUCUGAGCAAGAGAAGCCUAAGCCAGACGAUGCUACGACCGGAAGCGCUGGCAGCAGCGCAUUUCCACGACAGCCGAAGGGCUUGACCACUUCGUAUCACUUCGACUACCAGCAGCUAUGGAUUGCGUCUGGACGUGCUCCCAUCACGCCUUUCGGCAAUUAUCCUGGUGUCUCGGCUGGGAAGGAUGAGAACGUCGACAUGGGUGCGGCACAGUCUACUGCUCUCCCUCAGAUGCCGAAUGAUGGUGGUAGCCAGAAGCCGAAGUGGAACUUCGAGAGCGAGCCGAAGCCAUCUACCUCCGGCAACGGCGCAGCUCAGGGCAGUGCGUCGUUCGGGGCGAGUUCGACUACCAACGGUGCCACCUCUGGUCUCAAUGCAAAGCCAGCUCCUAGCUUUGGUCCCCAGACACAUCCUGCACCGACCGGUCCACCAGGUAACCGUCCGAAUCCGUUUCUUGUGGCGCCCGUCAAGUCGAAGAAAUGGACCGCGCAAUUGCUCAACUAUGGGGAACCAGCGUCACACAACCGUGAGAAAUCAGCGUCACAGAACCGCAACGUGAUUCGAGGCGACCUUGGCCAUUUCCUGGCUUUAUUCGCAAACAUCGAUCCAAAAGCACCAUGGUUGAGCACAACACCACCAAUGGACCAGGAGGCGUUCAACCAUGAGUGUCACCAACUAUGGUUUGCUUUGACACAGAUCACGACCUGGGUAUACAGCAAGGAUAUCAAGGUAAACCACAAGAAUAUCAAGGUCUGGGACAGUGACAAGAUCGGCCCUUGCCGGCCUUCCACCGUCAAUGAAUGCUACAUGGGAGUACAGCCCAACAUUUGGGACCUUCGCGUGAAGCUCAGAGCUGUGUAUGAUGCCAAUACGUCGUUGGAGGGGCUGAAGAAGGCUAUUGAUGAGCUUGACCUUCUGCACGACUGGUACAUGAACGAGGUUGCCAAGCACAAGGCGUCGUCUUCGGCGUCGAGCACUACGCUAGGAGGUCCACCAAAGCCAAAUGGACCUGGCAAUGGCGGCGUCGCUCCGGAGAAGCCCAAUCCCUUUGCAUCCAUGCUGCCAGGUAACCUGACUGGCGCCCAUCCUGCCAAUGCUGCAGGUAAUAGUGCUCAGGGAAGCGGAGCAGGCACUUCCAGCAGCAAAGCUGGUGCGCAGCGAAGCAUCGACCCCUUCGCCGCUUCUCAUGCUCCGGACAAGACUGCAGUACAUCCUGCCAACGCUGCUGGUACAUCUCAGGGCGCCAAUCGACCCAGCGACAAUGCGAGCGCAUCAUCGCAACUCGGCAGCUCCAAGUUCGGCUCCAAGGGCCAAGCAGGUUCUUCCAACGUUGGUGGCGGUGCACAUUCUAGCCAAAACACCUUCGGCUCGUCGGGCACUGCACCUGGUGGAAGAGCCGCUGGAGGUAAUGGUGGUAGUCAAGGUCAACAGCAACCAUCUGCGGGUAAGAAGCCAACACCAGCAGCGCCUUCUGGCUCGACUGGCCAGCAACCUGUGGCAAACCCACUCUUGUCUCUCAACGAUGUAAAAGAAGAGCGAAAAGUUGUCGGACAAUGGACCAGUCGAAUUGGCGAGAGCUUCUUGCCUUGUAAGACCAGCGUCAAGAAGAUGUCCUCGGUCGAUAGGGGGAAGGAGGUCAGACAGACCAUAAAGCGACUGGCAUGGAUUUGCGAAUGGUGCACCCCAGAUUGUCAGUGGGACAUGAACCGGAUUGGUUCGAGGGGUCAGGCGCAAACCUUCCUUGGCCGCGGUGAGCGCCUCGCGGCAAUAUGGGACUACAUGGACGGAAUUGAUGUCGAGGCGAGUCUGAAAGAAUCCUGCCAAAGUGCUUUGGAUGAUCUGCGGGAUCUAUUGAAGGCACGGGAUUGGUUGAAGUAG